AUGCCCAGCCCUAUUCCCUGCCCCCCAUCCUCCCCAAGGCUUUAACUGCCUGUGCCCCCCAUCUCUCCACACUCACACCUCUCAGGGACACAGCAGCAUGAAGUCGGUGGCUGCUCUCCUCCUGGUAGGGAUGCUCAUCCUCGGGACAGAGCUGCCAGCAGGCAGCGCCUGGUCCUGCCCGCCUGUUCGCUACCGCUGCAUGAUGCAAAACCCACCCAACGCGUGCUAUGCUGACUGGCACUGCCCGCGGCGCAAGAAGUGCUGCCCAUCCUUCUGCGGCAGGAGAUGCCUCUCGCGCUCAUCAUCCCUCCCCUUCAUCUCCGUAUGAGCUCCAGCUCCCAGGACAGACCAAGGUGCCUUCUCAGCGUGCCUGUGCCACAUCUGGCACCAGCUAGCUGCACAUACCUCUGCUAAGGCUUGUCCUGCCCGAUGCUGGCUCCUGGGAGGAUGGGGACAGCCACCAGCCCACACUCAGAGACCAUCACAGCUCCAGGACCACCGACGACAGUGCCACACAGUGCUACUGCUUCACCAUUGCUGCUUGAAUAAAUAAAAGAGCUUGUCCAAGG